AUGAGUGCUCGUCGACAAGUUCGCAACGAACCACCUGUUCGCACUGAGGCUCCAUCUCCAAAUUGUGAGGUAACUCCACCUCUUAAUAAUUAUGUUCCUUCUCCACCUUCCUCACCGAAAAAAAUUGCUUCUAUCCUAAUCACCAUCGCACCCAUGCCACCACCAGUAUCAUCUCAACGAUCCACAACUAUUCCAGUCUCAAUCCCUAUUUUCACCGAGUCCACCAUUUCACAUCACACCUCUGCUACACCUGCAAGCUCAGUCCAUGUAUCUGAUAUGGGGGCUAACACUUUAGGUUUUUCAAGCCAUGUUACACCACCCAUAUCUCCCAUUUGCACUAAUGACUAUGAAAUGCGUUUCAUAGAUAAUGAAGAUGAUGAUUUGGACGGAUUCGCUUACAGUCCUUUUUAA